GCUGUCAGAAAAGUUUACAGUUGUCAAUUUUCUUUUCAAUCUAUUUUUUUAUAAAUAAUGCAUUGAAGGGGGUUGUGCAAGCUGCGGGAACAUGUAGCACCAGGUUAUCUUCUUGAUCAUGAUUACUCCGUUUGACGAUUUCGUCUAUCUCAUCAACAAUGUUCUUUUGGGUGAAGAGCCGACGAUCGAGGAUUUUAUUCUAUUAGUUGGUACAAUCGUGGCUUUUGUUGCUUUUGUGCUCUGGUGCUGUUUUCCAGUCGUUCCGAAAGACUCACAAACGCCGCUUCACUAUGAAGGUAAAGAUUAUCAGCUCAAGUAUAACCAAAGGAAAGUUGAGUACUGUUCCACAUAAAUCUUAACCAAUUUCAUAUCAUGACUUAUUUUGCAACAAAUUACUUUAAUAACUCGGUUAUUUUUUCCAAUUAUGACUGGUAAUGAUAAUACCGAGCUUUCAAAUUAAUUUCUAAUCGAAGUGUCCUAUGACUUUAAAAUUAGGUUGGUAACAUUGACUAUCAAAUUCACACUUGUCAAUUGUCAUCAGUGUUGUCAGAUGGUAAUUUACAUGCUAGCCUGAUAAUUUGAUCAUGGCUUGAAAAAUUCAAGUGAUUUUUUUGGAAAUGAAAAAAAAAAUGUUAAAACACUACACUACACUAAUUUUUCAAUUAUUAUUAUUCAUUAUAGUAAAUCAGAUCCAAACAAUGAUACUAUUUUUGCAUCUUUAUCAAGCGUUUUUAAACCAGAAACUUUCCCCAAAUUUUCCCCCCAAAAAAUUUCGAAAAUCCACUACAUUCGUUAAGUCAGGUCAAUUUCGUUAAAAACAAGUUAAAAAUUCAACAAAAUAAGCCAAAAGGGGUAUUAUUUUCGCGGUUUUCCAAUUUUUAAAGCACGUUUUUGAGAUAAAAACAAAAAUGUGUGAACAAUUUUGUUAAAACAAGUUAAAAAAUUACAAUAUUAAAUCGAAAUUGCUAUUAUUUUUAGCUCGUUUCACUCCAUU